AUGUCGCCUUAUCAGUAUCUCUUCAAGUAUAUCAUCAUUGGCGACACAGGCGUAGGAAAGAGCUGUCUGCUGCUGCAGUUCACAGACAAACGCUUCAGAACGGACCACGACCUGACCAUUGGCGUCGAGUUUGGGGCCCGCCUCAUUCAGAUAGACGGGAGACAAAUUAAACUACAAAUCUGGGACACGUACACCCCAACACCCUAA